AUGAGUGUCACCUCCUGGUUCCUGGUGAGCAGCAGUGGUACCCGCCACCGGCUUCCGCGAGAGCUUAUCUUCGUGGGGCGUGAUGAGUGUGAGCUCAUGCUGCAGUCCCGCAGCGUGGACAAGCAGCAUGCUGUCAUCAACUACGAUCAGGACAGGGAUGAGCACUGGGUGAAGGACCUGGGAAGCCUGAACGGGACGUUCGUGAAUGACGUGCGCAUCCCGGACCAGAAGUACGUCACGCUGAAGCUCCAUGACGUCAUUCGAUUUGGCUACGAUUCCAACAUGUACGUGCUGGAGCGCGUGCAGCACCGGGUCCCCGAGGAGGCGCUCAGGCACGAGAAGUAUACCAGUCAGCUGCAGGUGAGCGUCAAGGGCCCGGCCCCCAGGAAGGGCGAAGCGCUGCCGCAGCACACCCCUUACUGCGAGUCCUUGGGUCCCAGGCCGGAGAGGGGGGACCGGAGGCCAGGGGCAGAGUCGGCGGCCUACCGCACACCCCUGUACGGGCAGCCCUCCUGGUGGGGGGAGGACGACAGCGGCAGCCCCCCCGAGGACCGGCGCCAGGAGGAGCCCUACGCAGAGCGGCCCAAGGAGCCAGCACAGCAGGACGGGGAGCUCCCUGGGACGAUUGGCUUCCGGGCGGCGGCGGAGCCUCAGGGCUUCUCGUUCAGGCGGGAGCCCAGUUACUUUGAGAUCCCCACGAAGGAGGCCCCUCCGCCACCGCGGCCCCCUGAGGCGCCGGCCCAGGAGGCACCCGCCACGGCCCCUGUGGUGCAGAGCCAUGCCUCCUUCACCAUCGAGUUUGACGACUGCAGCCCCGGCAAGGUGAAGAUCAAGGACCACGUCACCAAGUUCUCGCUGCGCCAGAGACGGCCCCCAGACAAGGAGGCCACACCUGUGGAGGCCGUGUCUGCCGAGACCAAGGUGGCUGACUGGCUGGUGCAGAGUGACCCUAGCCUGCUGUGCCGGGCUGGCCCCGGGGAUGACCGUCACAGCACCAAGAGUGACCUGCCCGUCCACACCCGCACCCUGAAGGGUCACAAGCAUGAGGAUGGCACGCAGAGCGACUCGGAGGACCCCACGGCCAAGGCGGCGGUGGCGACAGCUGGGGUCCCUGCGGAGGGCAGCGGGGUGCAGGUGCGGCUGCAGAGGCAGAUGAAGCGGGACCCCCAGGAGCUGCUGCAUAACCAGCAGGCCUUUGUCAUCGAGUUCUUCGACCAGGACACGCCCCGCAAGAAGCGCUCCCAGUCCUUCACGCACACCCCUCCCGGGGACCCCAAGGCCGACAAGCGCCGAGGCCCCGGGCCAGCGGACAGAGACCGCUCAGCCGUCCCUGCUUCGGCGCGGGGGACAGGCGGCAGCUCAGGGCCGCAGCGGGCCAGCUCGCUCAAGCGGGAGAGGACAGAGGAGCGCCUGGGGGGCCCCUCGCCCACCUCCCGGGGCUCUGCCCGAUCCUUUGGCAGCGUGGGGCGCCGCUCCCGUCUGGCCCAGGACUUCAUGGCCCAGUGCCCGCGGGAGGGCUCCCCGACCGCCCGGUCCGGCCCUGACAAGGCAUCUCCAGCGACACCGGCCCCCGAGACACCCCGUGGGGCCAGCCCCGUGGCCCCUGCGACCCCCCCACCGCCUCCCGCCGACCCCCAGCUGAGCAAGGCUCGCAAACAAGAUGAAGACGACAGUCUGAGCGAUGCGGGGACCUACACCAUCGAGACGGAGGGGCGGGACCCGGAGGUGGAGGAGGCCCGCCAGAUGAUCGACCAGGUCUUUGGGGUACUUGAGUCUCCUGAGCUCUCCAGGGUGUCCUCGGCCACCUUCCGUCCGGUCAUCAGAGGGGACAGAGACGAAGCCAGUGACGGGGUCGCCCAGCGAAUGGCGCUCCUGCAGGAGUUUGCCUCCCGGUCGGUGGGCAUAGCCCCCCAAGGGGAGCUCCAGGGCCUCACGGUGCCGGACUCCCCCGGGGGUCAGAAGUGGGUGUCCCGCUGGGCCAGCCUGGCCGACAGCUACUCAGACCCAAGCCUGGCAGAGGAGAGCCCUGGGCGCAGAGCGGGGGAGCUUGAAGGGACCCUGCCUGUGCGCCAGCGACGGCGACUCCCACAGCUGCCCAGCGACCGCGCAGACAGCCCUGGGGGCCUCGAGGCCACCAAGAGGAGCGGCCCUGGGCCUCUGGAGCCGGGCAGUGAGCAGGCCAGCUGCCUCUUGGGCCAGGAGGACUUGGAGCCUGACAGCCUCAGCGAUGCCAGUGGGUCGGAUGGUGGGCGGGGCUCCGAGCUGGGUGGGGGCCCGCAGGAGGAGAGACGGAGGAGCCCCCAGGAGGGAGUAGCGUGGACGAAGGGCCGGCACUCGCCAAGGGCCCCUGGAGAGCCAGCCCCCGCCUCCUUCUUCAUUGGGGACCAGAACGCGGAGACGGCCUUCCCCAGGAAGCCAUCCAUGGCUGCAGGGGAGGUGGACAGCCCCAGGCAGGUGGCGAGGGACGGCGUCUACGUCAGCUCCAGCGGGAGGAUGGUUAUCCAGCUGCGGACAGAGCGGUCCUCGGAGCCCGAGAGCCCUGCCCCGGCCUUGGUGCGACAGGAUAGCUUCAGCAAGGAGCCGGUCGGUGGCCCCCCAGCGCCCGGCCAGCUUCCACACAUCUCGACCCACCCCCUCCUGCAGGACCUGGCUGCCGCCCGGGCCUCACGCAUGGACCUCCACCCCCAGGACACCCACCUGAUCCUGAAGGAGACGGAGACAGCCCUGGCAGCCCUGGAGGCCCGGCUGCUCUCCAAGUCCACGGAGGAGGCAGAGGGCCCGAUGGGCAGCACCCCUGGGCCGCCAGAUGACUCCCUGUCCGGGGACUCUGAUGUGGACACAGGGAGCACAGUCAGCCUGCUCAGUGGUAAGAACGGGCCCAGCCCAACCAGCCCCCAGCCUGCGGGGCCGCAGGAGAAGCCGCCGUCCGCACCAGCAGCACAGGACCCAGGGAGCGUCUCCUCGAACAGCGCCCGAGAGCGCCUCUCAGACAAGCAUCGUCGCCCCCCGGGCCCCGUGGACGUGGGCCGUGCAGAGCUGGGGAGGCGCCUGGCUGCGCGGCGUGGCACCGGGGCCCGGGCAUCCUCGGACUGGCGUGACGAAGAGCGAGGCCCCGGCCCGGCCCACCCACCUGGCGCAGACACUGUCACCUCUGACCACGAGACCCCCGUGGCCCCUGGGGCGGGGCGGCCAGGGCCUCGCCGGAAACCGGCACCUGCAGCGCCAUCCCCGGCUCCGCGGGAAGAGCAGGGCCGUGGCUGCGCCCAGAAGGUCCAGCAAGUGCUGACCCGCUCCAACAGCCUGUCCACCCCUCGGCCCACACGGGCCUCCCGGCUGAGGCGGGCCCGGCUGGGGGAUGCCUCGGACACGGAGGCGGCCGAUGGUGAACGGGGGCCCUCGGCCAACCCUGAGUCGGCGGGGCGGCCAGCCCCUGAGCAGGCCAAGAAGCUGUCGCGCCUGGACAUCCUGGCCAUGCCCCGGAAGCGGGCAGGCUCCUUCACCGGGCCCAGCGACUCCGAGGCGGCCCCUGCCCGCACCAGCUUCUCUGGCCGCAGCGUCGAGUUGUACUGUACUGGCCGCAAACCCGUCAUGGCCGAGGCUCGGGCCGCCGCCGCCAGGAAAGCCACCAAUACCACCACGGCCCCCCGCCAGCCCUUUAGCAGGGCCCGCCCGGGCAGUGCCCGAUACUCCUCACCCACCACGCAGACCCCACGGGCUGGCAGCUCCAACCGGACUCGCCCCCGGGCCCCCAUGCCCCGGGACACAGACGACGAGGAAGAAGAUCCUGACCCCUACGGUUUUAUUGUGCAGACCGCAGAGAUCGCUGAGAUUGCUAGGCUGAGCCAGACACUAGUGAAGGAUGUGGCCAUCCUGGCCCGGGAGAUCCACGACGUGGCUGGGGACGGCGACUCACUGGGCUCACCGGGGCCCGCCCGCAGCCCCUCCCUCAACAAUGUGCCCAGCACCCCUGCUUCAACCAUCUCCGCCCGUGAGGAGCUGGUGCAGCGCAUCCCCGAGGCCAGCCUCAACUUCCAGAAGGUGCCACCUGGCUCCCUGAGCACUCGAGACUUGGACCAGAACAUGAACGACCGCUGUGAGGACCCCCUCACCAGCAAGAUGCGGCCUCGGAGCCGCGAGGAGGUGAUCUUUGACAAUCUGAUGCUGAACCCCGUGUCCCAGCUGUCUCACGCCAUCCGGGAGAACACGGAGCACCUCGCCGAGAAGAUGAAGAUCCUCUUUCAGAACACAGGGCGUGCCUGGGAGGAGGUGGAAGCCAGAAUCAACUCGGAGAACGAGGUGCCCAUCCUGAAGACAUCCAACAAGGAGAUCAGCUCCAUCCUGAAAGAACUGAGGCGCGUGCAGAAGCAGCUAGAAGUCAUCAACGCCAUCGUGGACCCCAGCGGGAACCUGGACCUGCUGACCGGGAACCGGGGCUCUGCGGGCUCGGCCCAGCUGGGGAAAGGCCGGCCGGCCGCCCAGAGCCCAUCCUCGCCCCCCUCGGCCCUGCCUCUGAGGAGCUUCCCACAGCGGGCGAACUGCGGGUCCCCGGGCCUCCCGGACCCUGCCUUCCUGCCUGACUUCCUCCCCGAUGCUGAGAGGUUCCUGAUCUAG